AUGUCUGAGCUUAAUCUUGAAACAGGAUCCGUUGAAAAACUAAAGCUCGAUACAUCUGAAGAGUCUAUUUUCGGAAAAUUUGACCCUAAAGAUAUAGAUCUCGAAAAAGAAAUUUUACGGUACAUAAAAAAUCUGACCCUGUUUGAUUGCAUCAUAUAUCCUCUGUAUCACUUCGCAGAAUUCGUCGGUCCUGAUUUUGCUUGGCCCCCAACAAUGAAUACCUCUGAGCGCCGUAUCAUCUUUGAUUGUAUUGCCCAUUCUGAAGGAGAAGGAGACGAAUUUGCCAAAAACCAUAUUGCAUAUCGUCGCUUCACCGAGGUUGGACAGCUUGAUCCAUCUCAAGAGGAGGAAUACCGGAGACUCGCCACGGAAACUCCAGGAGCGUUGUACACGCCUGUUAUCGAAGAGGUGGUCCGCCUGAAAUUCUCUUUCAUUGAAGAUGGCACAAACAAGAAGUGGCAGGUGCACAUGCGGAUUCGAAACAAAACUAACUCCAGUAUUACAGCAACAAUGACAAAUAUUGAGCGAGAUAGCUACAAUUUUCGGCUAAUACUUGAUAUUGGUGCAACUUACACAAUUAUACCACGAUUGCUAAAGGCCAAUUUGCCGAAACGUCUCGGUUGGAGUUCGAGGAUUUCAUUUGCUACUGGCUACGGUGCCAACAACGGAAUGACUAAGGUUUCUGGGCUCUGGGAAGUCUCCUUGGGCGACGGUGUCAAUUGGACGGAUUGA